UUUUAAGCGAAAAUGAAACCAAGUUACUUCGAACACUGGCCCUCUCAAACAUUUCAAGAAAAUCGGAUUUAAUUAUGAAGGUGAAUUGGAAUGGUUUAACAAAUGCUUUUAGGCAGUUUUCGUUUAAACUUUCCUCCGUUCGUCCUGGGAGGGAAGCGUUUUCAUUCCGUGAAGCUAUGCUACGAGCUAGUCGUAGAUUGAAUGAGUUUACUGGAUACACUUCUAUCGAGUCUUUAAAAAAGACUGUAGUUUUACGAGAACAACAACUAAAAGACCUAAGAAAAGUAGCAAAUGAGGCUCGCAAAGCAUACUUAGAAGCUGUCGAAAGGAGGUCUUCUAGUCAACGAGAAGUUAAUGAAUUGAUUCAACGAAGAAGUAGCUGGUCUUCAGCGGAUUUGGAGCGAUUUACCAGAUUGUAUAGAGAAGACUACUCCAACAAAGAAAACGAAACACGACUCCAAGAAAAUGUCGAAUCUACUGAGGAAAAAAUUGAAGAUGCACAGAAUGGACUAGUGCAAUCUAUCCUUUCGCGGUACCAUGAAGAGCAAGUUUGGAGCGAUAAAAUCCGCCAAACAAGCACUUGGGGUACUUGGGGACUCAUGGGUAUCAACGUUAUAUUGUUCAUUGUAGUCCAACUUAUAUUGGAACCGAAGAGACGGCGACGAUGGGUUCAUGAAUCAAUGGAGUUUGUUGAAAACGAAAACAAAGAUAAAAUGGAAUUUCAGAUUCAGAAGCUGAAUGAACUAGAAGAAAAAAUCUCGGAGGAUGUUGCCAAAUAUGGGUUGUUAUCUUCACAGAAUUCUUCCAAGGCGACUUCUGAUACUUCGUCAAAGCCUUCAGCUUUUUUCCAGAGCCUUCAACAAAUACCCUCUUUAAACUUUUCAUCUUUCAAAGCUUUUACCGAUUCCAUCAAAGAUAUUGUGCGUUACAUAUUUUCCCCCUCUCUUGUCGUACAAAUAACUCAUAAACAACUUUCUAUGCUAUUGACUGAGUGUUUCUUCACUGGAGGAACAAUACUAUGUUCAGUUCUACUUUUGUUCCGUCUUUCCAAACAUUAACGAAUAUCCUAAAUCAAUGAAACGUUUUAUUUCUUUGGUUUUGGGUCUCGAUAUGCAUCGUAAUUCCUUUUAUACAUGUCUUUUAACUAUUACAAUCCGCAAAUAAACUAUAAAUUAUUUGGUUCUUUCUUGGUCUUGCUAUAAUAUUUAUUGAAAGUGAAAAAAUCUUACCAUGAAUUUAACAAUCUUUAUUUUCACAAAAUUUAGGAUCGAUCAAUUUACGAUCAUAAAUAAGAAUAAAUAUUUUUAGAUGUUCAUAAAAAGUAUUUCGUUUUCUGGAGCUUCACAACCAUUGACAGCGUAUACAUUCGUCUUCUAUACACCGUAAAUGGUAAGAAUGCCUGCACCGAAAAUGUACCAUCGGUAACUCGAGAUCUGUAUUACAAGCAGAGCAUUUAGACUCUUGAACAACAAAAGCAGUCGUCCGUAAAUUAGAUAACUCGUUGCUUAAUUCCAAGAUUUCGGAUUUGCCUAUUUGAAUGCCUUUCCUUUUUUCAGAUAUUUGACUCUCAAACCUGUUUACGGCGCUUUCUACGGCUUCCUCAAUCAUGCCUAAACUGACGACAUCUGAUUUGCCUAAAAUCUCGGCAAGCUGGGUGGGUGAAAUCAAUCGAUGGUUAAUGAUGUAUUCUGCAACCUCUUUUAGUUCUUUCAACCAAGACUCUAGCUCGUCUGUUGAGGCAAAAUAAUUAAGCAUCAUAAUAUAUAGUUCAGAUUGAUCUUCCCCGUGAGCACGUACCAUUUCCAUCGCACUGCUAACAUCGUUUUGUUUACAAAAAGAUCGAAAGAUGUCUAAUGUUUGACCAGACUUCCCCUGUACAAACCUAACCCCGUCAUCGAAUCCUAG